AUGCAGAACCUCUCAGAGAGUUUACUUAAAGCAGUAAGAAAAGCAGCUGAGACUGCUGAACUGGAAUCAAAGCUCUGUACAUGUACAAGGAUUCUAAAUGAGAUUGAGGCCUUGUGUACACAGUGGCAGGCUGAGGUGAAAGCUAAACAACAAUUGACAUUCGCUGCGGAUCAAGCAUCCACUAUGAAGAGCUUCGCCGACGCAAUCGCCACCAUCAAUAAGAAUAGAGAAAACCAGAUCUUAGGCCUGCAGCGGGAGAUCGAACAUUUACACAGACAGGUGACUACACAUGAUGAGAUCUAUGUCAACUAUGAAAUGCCGCGCGAGAUUCUAACUGAUAACAGUGCAAACCUUGUAGAAGAAGCAACAAACAGGAAGAUGAAACACUUAAAUGAAAUCUUGAGCAAUAUGCUGAUGAAAUAUCUAGUGAGCAAGCCUACAAGACUAUGA